AUGCAAGCCUCCCGCGUCUGCAUGACGAACUAUCUACUGCAUUGGCCUUCAUCGCACCCCGAGGGGCUUCGAAUCCUAUGUGACACAAGUAGCUGUAGCCCAAACAGAUCGUCCUACGACCGAAAGGUUUAUAAAAGGGGUUCAGACUGUGAAGCAGCAAUGAUUGACUGUCAUCGACUCCUCCCUUCUUCGUCUUCGUCGCCUUCUUCUCUUUCCGACAUGUUCUGCCGGCGCCUCUUGGUGUUGCUUGUCCUUGUGGCAGGCCUCUUGGCCGCCACCGCCGAUGCGCAGCCCAGCCGUCGCGACCACUCGCGGCGUGUGUCGGAUUGUUCCAACAAGCUCAACCGAUUCGGCUUGCGCCCCGCCAGGCUUUUCUGCGUCGCCUAUCUCAACGGUCGCCAGCCUACCACGCCCUCAACGACGCUCACCACGACGCAGACAACGACGCUGGCAGCCGCCACGACGACGGUGCCCGCCACAGUGACCUCUACCGAGACUACGACGGUGAGCGAGACCACGACGACGACGCUGUCGACCUCGACGGCAACCACGACGACCGAGACGAUUACCACCACGCCCACGAGUACCGACAGUGUGACGGCUACCGAAACAACGACCACGACUGUCACCGAUGUCGAUGCGCAGCGCAGACGACGUUCUGUCUUGCCCACCGCUCUCAACCCUGUGCCACCUUAUCAUGAUGGGUCGCCGCUGGAAAAGCGGGGCGCGCUGACGAGCUCGCAGGCGGCCAGCAUCUUCGGCUCCUUUGUCUCGAGCGAAAUCACUGAAGCCUGCCUGCUCAUCGUCUACGGGCGCACGUCGAACCCAACCCAAAAGGUCACUGCCACCGUCACUGCCACGAGCACUCCAGCCCCGCUCACGACCAGCUCCACGACGACCCAGGCUGUGACUGAUACCAAGACCGACACCUCGACCGAGACUGUCACGACGACGACGGCCACCUUGACCGUGACGAGCACGUCGGUCGAGCAGGCACCCACCGUGACGGUGACGACGACGGUAGCCACCGAUACUGUCACCUCGACGACCACAGUGGCGCCAGCACCCACGGUGACCUCUGGUGUCCUUAAGGCUGUCCUGGACGAUGGCACUAUCCAGUACGCCUCGACGUCAACCGACUUUGGUUCGGCCUCGAGGAAACUAUCGCUUGUGUCGGGUGCCGAUUCCGCCUCGAGGGUGACGUUGGACCUCACCGCGAGUCGCCUGCUUCUCGCCAGCGACACCACCUUCAAGUCGUCUACCGUCGGUUCUUCAUCCGUCUACUACUUCCGCAUGACUCAAGACGGCGCCUAUUCGCCGCAGAACAUCAUUACCUGCUCUUUGGCGAGCGGCACCAACCAAUUGUCAUGCACAACCUCCGAAGGCUACACGGUGCUCCAAUCGUGCGGGGGCCAGUUGUCCAUUGGCAGCAUCAAUGGCUGCGGCACAGGCGUGACCCUGUACCUUCAGUAA